AUGCUCAGACAUAGAAUACGGUUCCUGCGAGGCAUCGGCCCGCGAGCCUCUGUUGUGAGGCCACAAACACUACCCAAGCCAAAUCAGCAAGCCCGCCUUUCGCAUACAAACGGAUCUAAUGAUCAAGAGCCGCAUGAGAUCGAGCGCCUGAAAAAGGCCAUCAUAGAGUCAUUGACGCUUCACAUCGCUGCUACAUCUAAUCGGAGUGAGGUCCGACAGUCAAGAUGGACUUUGUUGUUGAAAUGGCUCAAAAUUUACUUCUGUCUCGCUGGUGCUGCUCACCUUGCCGCGAACUAUGCCUAUGAGCCACUCAGGGAUCACGGUAUCUUUGACAACGUUGUCGACCGGACUGUCUUCUGCGCGAUUCCGCCAGAUGUUCUCUCGUCUCGAAUUGCCGCUGAUGAUGCUCCAUACCAACCAAUUACCCAAGACAACGAGAUUCGACUUCUCAUCCUCGAGCCAGGAGUUCCUGGGGACGAGAUACGAUGCUAUUUAGUCAACGUUGAUAUAUCCUGGGGAAUCAGAUACGAAGCUUUGUCGUACGCCUGGGGAGAUGCCACAAUUACUCGGGGAUUGACCUGCUCUGGACGUGUCAUGGAGGUACAUGCUAGCCUUCACGAUGCCUUGUCAGACUUGCGGCACCCAACACGUCGUCGACGGCUCUGGGUAGACGGUCUCUGCAUCAACCAGGCCGACGAAGCUGAAAAGGGCCAGCAGGUUAAACUAAUGGGGGACAUUUACUCUCGAGCCCGUCAAGUACUCAUCUACCUCGGCAAGUCGGACACCUCUGUUGAAGGGGCAAUGCAGUUCAUUCGCCGGCUCGAUCGUGUAUUCAUGUUCACUUACUUUGGUAACUCGGAACCUGCCAAAGAUACUCUCUUCAGAUUGAAGAAUCCCAUCAACAUGGAGGAGAAAGAUUGGGAGCAGAUCGUCCACCUGCUCCUCCGCCCUUGGUUUCGGCGCACCUGGGUUUUCCAAGAGACCGUCCUACCACAACAUGGCCAGGUCAUCUGUGGCGACCAGUCCAUCCCUUGGGCACAACUCCAGAGAUUUGUGAUAGCCAUGGGUCGGUACAAUGCUCAGGUCAAGCCGAUUCCUAACUACAAGUUGGUGGAAGAUGCCGUCAAUGGUGUGCUACUAGUAAAGUCAGCGCGACAGGUUCGCCACCCCAAGAUUGCGAUGCCCAAUUUUUGGCCAUACCCCCAUCGCAGAGAAGGUGCACCAACACAUCAUGAUGCCCAAUGCGACCCCAAGCUCCUGGACUUGAUCCUAGAGAGCCGCUCGUUCAUGUGCACAGACCCUCGCGACAAAGUCUUUGGCAUGCUUGGUGUAACCGGUCAGAACAUACGAAGCGAGUACAUAGACCCAAGAUAUGGAUACUCCAUGUCAGCAAUGGAUGUGUUUCGGAGAUUUGUGCUCUGGGAAAUCAUUCACAAUGGAAGCCUUCGGGUUCUUGGAAGCAGCUCAGACAAGGCUGGCAGCCAGGAUAGGUCUCCAUCUUGGGUCCCAGACUUUACCAGACUUGACAGUCAUUAUCUCCUGACUGGGAGAAUCAUAAGUGAUCGACAGGACGCCAGUGCCUAUGAUAAAGCCCACUCCGACGUCCCUGAGCGAUACGAUGCCAGUGCAGGCUCGUCUGUACAGGCAUGGACAUCUGAUCAAGAGACUGUGCUACAUCUCAAGGGAUUGAUAGUCGAUGCACUGCAUACAGUUGGACAAAAGUCUGCAGAUUUGCCAAAUGAGGAUUUUUCUCACAAGGGCUACGGCGGUCCCCUCAAGCUUCGACGUGAGUGGUAUAAUCGGCUACAAAUCAACAAGGACAUGAUCAAAGAGGCGGUGGACAUCUGGGUCGCAGCAAUGAGAAGGCAGACCCAAGGACAUGGCCCUUUUCAUGAUACUGAAGGAAUCAUGGCCCUUACAAGAGUUGCUGAACAACGUGGCGACGAAUUCCGUACGCCCCCCAGCUGGCGACCGUUUUUGCAAACUUUAAUCGGCGACCCAAGAUCCGGUGGUACAGCUGGUGAUGAAUACGACAUUGAACGGAUUUGGUCGCUUGUGCGCCUGACCCUGCAAGGACCUCUCGUCCCUAGAUGGUACCUGACCGAACGUGGUUAUGGAGUCGACGGAAUCCUCCCAAUAUUCCUAUCCAUGACCAAAUCGCGGCGAUUCGCAGGGACAGAUAUGGGGCUGAUAGGCUAUGUUCCCUUCAGGGCUCAAAAGGGUGACCUCGUCUGUAUCUUGUAUGGAGCUGAUGUACCGUUCGUACUGAGGAAGUUGGCUGAUGGCAGGUACUCACUUGUCGGGGAGUGCUAUAUGAACGGAAUCAUGUAUGGCGAAGCGCUAGCAACGACGGACGCCAAGGAUCAAGACGUCGUAUUCACCAUAGUCUAA